AUGGCAUUGUCAUGCAAGAAUAAACUCAAGUUUAUUGAUGGUUCCAUCACCAAGCCAUCAGAAGAUGAUCAGAAAUUUGACGUGUGGACGCGGUGCAACGAUAUGAUCGACACUGCUUAUGGAAUAUGGAGAGAUCUGAAGCGUAGGUUCAGUCAACAAGAUCUGUUUCGAAUCGCUGAAAUCAAAUGCGAGAUCUAUCAAGCAAAACAAGGUGAUAAUUCUUUAAAUGAGUACCUCACUCAACAAAAAUUGUUAUGGGAUGAACUCCAAAUUCUUAGGCCUUCUAUAAUUUGUAACUGCACUGUGAAGUGUAAUUGUGGGAAGAAAAUUGAUAAACUGAAUGAACAGAUUGAAAGGGAUAAAUUGUCCAUAUUCCUUAUUGGUUUACAUGAUAGAUAUACUGGUGCAAGAAACCAAAUCAUGCUCAUGAGACCCCUACCGGAUGUGUGUGAUGCAUAUUCCAUGAUAGCUCAACAAGAGAGGCAAUUUCACAUUGGGGCCACAGGUUUUGCCAGUCAACUACACCAAGCUGGUGAGGCUUGUGUUAUUGGGAAUGUUCUAAUGUCUAGAACAAGCAGUGGUCCUCAACAGAAUUUCAUGAAAUUUGCAGGAGGAAACAAGAAACCCAUGUGUACUUUCUGUGGCUUUACAGGACACACAGAGGACAAGUGGUACAAGAAGCAUGGGUAUCCACCUGGUUGGAAGCCAAGGCCAAGAAAUCAAGGUUUUGUUAAUCACACUCAAGGUCUUUUGACAGCCCAACAACUAAACAUUGAUGAAGGUAUUUCUUUCACUCAAAAUGACUUCAAGAAGUUUAUGGAAUUUGUUCAAAUACAAAAGUCAUAUGGGGAGAAAGUGUCUAUGAACACACCACUGGAUCAGUCAGCUCAUGAAGCACAUGCAAACAUCAUAUCUGCUAACCUCAUGCCAGGGACGCAAACUGAAGGUACAAACUCUUCACUUAAACUAGCAGAUUACAAGGAAAAUGAGUGGAUAAUAGAUAGUGGUGCAACUCACCAUGUUGUGUGUAGUAUGAAUCUGUUGACAAAGCACAAAGAAGUUCACAAUAUGCAUGUUGGUCUGCCUAAUGGACAAUAG